AUGGCUGCAAGAGCCUCAAGGUUGGAGAAUCAGGACGCUAUUGAUGCUGCAAUUGUUUCAAUGCUGGCUGAUCCUACAGAGGUAUUUGCACAUGGUGUUGACAAAGAUGCAGUUCUGCUGAUGGUUGCAAGAGCCUCAAGGUUGGAGAAUCAGGACGCUAUUGAUGCUGCAAUUGUUUCAAUGCUGGCUGAUCCUACAGAGGCACGAGCUGGAAUUAGAGAGGUUCACUUCCUUCCAUUCAAUCUUACUGCUAAGCGGACAGCGCUUACAUAUGUAGAUGGAGCAGGCAACAUGCACAGAGUAAGCAAGGUGCGCCAGAGCAGCUGUGAACGGCUAAUUGCAAAAUUAUCUAAUCCCCAACACAACCACAAUCAAGGUGCCCGAAUCCCCAUUUCUUUUACCUUGCCGUACAAUGAAGUUUUUAGGCAUCUGUUCUUGGAGAAAUUGGGUACUUCUCUAGUGCUGGUAUGGUCAGAGAGUCCUGGUGGACCCUGGGAAUUUGUUGGCAUUCUCCCUCUGUUUGAUCCGCCUCGCCAUGACAGUGCUGAGACUAUCCAAAGAGCCCUAGAUCGUGGAGUUAGUGUGAAAAUGAUCACAGGUGACCAACUGGCAAUUGCUAAGGAGACAGGAAGACGCCUUGGAAUGUGCACAAGCAUGUAUCCUUCAUCAUCUUUGCUUGGUGACCAAAAGGAUGCGUUUGUUGCAGACCUACCACAGAGCAAACCCAUUGGGCAAAAAAUGGAGAUUGGAGAAUGGAGAAUGUAG